GAGGAGCACCAUGAUUGUAUUACUAAUGCUCGUAAAUGCAGUUGCAUAAUACGGACGAACCCAUGCGACGCGAAAGGUAGUUGCCGCGUCCGUUCUUUUUAGGACAUUACGGUUCCCUAGGACCUUGCGACCUAGGGUUCAAAAAAAAAAAAAAAAAGUGGUCAACGAUAUUUGAAUGAGCACCAAGCCACACUUCAGUUAAAGGUUCGCGCCUUUGCAGAGAUUCAACGACAGAACACACACCCCACGGCCACCAAGCUAAUCUAGACUGACUCAUGGAAGGCGCCAACGGAAAACCAGCAGGAGGACGCAUUCACUUCGGGUCUCUUGAGGCUGUUGAGGCAAGGAAUCGCCAGGCCGCUUCUGCAGCUGCGGCGGCAGCGGCAGUCUCGGCCUCGGCAUCACCAACGGUUGCAUCACAGUCUAAAGGAGUGACGCUGGACGAACUAAAGACGGACGAUAAGUUUGAGAUGUCAGAGUCUUCGAAAAGGGCGCGGGAUCAGCAUAUGGAGAUCAUGGAGAUGUUUGAGCGAAAGAAGCGAGCACGGACGAUCGCCGUACCCACAGAGGACAAGAAGGUCAGGGAAAAGCUCCGGGAACUUGGGGAACCAGUCUGCUUGUUCGGCGAAGAUAACAUGGAUCGACGAUCUCGUUUAAGGGACUUGAUGUCGAAGGAUGCACCUGUUGAAGAUGGAGACCAAAAAAUGGAAUCCGAGGGUGAAAGCGAGAGUGAUUCUGAUGAGGAGGAGGAGGUGUACACACCCGGCACACAAAGUCUUUUGAAAGCUCGGCGGGACAUUGCACAUUAUUCGUUGCCAAGGGCGGCAAAAAGAGUGGCGAAACAAAAUGAAGAGAACAAGAUAUCCAUGGCCGUCUUUAAAGCAAUGCGAGCAGAGGAAUUUGAGAAGCUUAAGCUCUACGCCAACUACUCCUCUCAGAUCGGUGAUGACAGGCCAUUGUCCCAAUGUGCAUUCUCCCCAGACAGCAAUUUUUUGGCGACUGGAUCAUUUGGUGGACUCUGCAAGAUUUGGAGUGUCCCUGAUUCCAGAUUGGUACAUUCGCUACGAGGACAUACGGAUAAAAUUGGAGGACUCAAAUGGCAUCCAAGAGCACAUAUUUCUCAGGAUCGUGGAGCCGUGAAUCUUGCAUCUGGCGGAGGAGACGGCAUUGUGAAUCUGUGGUCCUUGGAAAGUGAAACACCGAUCCAAUCAUUGAAGGGCCACGAGGCAAGGGUAGCCCGAAUUAAUUUCCACCCUAUGGGUCGCUUCUUGGGAAGCGCAGGAUUCGAUGGAACGUGGCGACUGUGGGAUGUCGAAGCCGGCACAGAAGUUUUGACACAACGCGGCCAUUCACGCGAAGUUUACGCUAUUGCAUUUCAAUGCGACGGAUCCUUGGCCGCUACGGGAGGUCUGGAUGCUGUUGGAAGGGUGUGGGAUUUGCGGACAGGACGAUCUGCAUUGACGAUGGAGGGCCAUGUUUCUGAUAUUCUUGGAAUCGAUUUUUCGCCGAACGGGUACCAGAUUGCAACGGGCAGUGCUGAUAAUUCGAUCCGCAUCUGGGACUUGAGGACACUGCGUUCAAUCCAUUCGAUCCCUGCACAUACCAAUCUUGUGUCGGAUCUCAAGUUUUAUGCGGGUCCCAUACUCCAGGAUGAAACCAGCUCGGCGAUGCAGGUUGAUGGCGAGCAGGUGCGGCCAAGCAAGAGUGGACUCUACUUGGGCAGCUGUAGUUUUGAUGGAACGAUCAAGCUGUGGAGUGCGGAUGACUGGAAGCUGCAAAAGAGUUUGGUGGGACAUACCGGUAAGGUUACCGGAUUAGAUAUCUCAAACGAUGGACGAUUCCUGGGAUCCAGUGGUUUUGAUAGAACCUUUAAACUGUGGGCACCAGAGAAUGCCGAUUAUUAAAACAAAACAAUUGAUGAUAUGAAAAAAAAAAUUUUUUUUUAUGAUACUAUCCAUUGCCCACUCUUCGUCAAAUGAACAUUUGUCAAUAGAUCCAUUGUGCACGCUCUUAUUAGCAGUUUGUCUAUUCGGCACUCUUAUCACCAACUAGCCACUGCAAAGUCCAAAGCGCUUAUUAUUGUUAUUAAGAAUGAUAGAAGAGAUGUAUCCCCACUUCAAAUCGCCAAAAGGUCAUGGGAUGAUCCGGUGCCAUGGUUAAAGUCACCAGAGUCCCGAAUCCAGGGCGAUCUGCAGCGGGGAUAUACCAGGCUCCUUUCCACCCCACAUACCCACUCUUGAUCCGUUUCAGUCCCUCGUCUCAAAGAGAGAAGAGGAAGAGUAGUAAGAACGAGAGUGGGCAGAUAGUGAGGGGAUAGAGUGCAGGCGUAUUGUGUCUCUCUCCAAUCGUUUAACUCGCUUCACAGAUGGGAAAUGCAAGAGCAAGGUGAUUAUGAU